UGAUCACCGUCAAUGGAAAUCAAAGUUGCUAACAUCGAUUUAUGCAAACUCACCAGCAACGGCGUGGGCAGCAUCCCUUCCUACGCCGUGUCCGCCGUCCUAAAUUCGGUCGCUCCGGUUGUUCCCUCCGAGGCUACCUUGGGUCGCCACCUCGCUCGUCGACUCGUCCAGAUUGGUGCCACAGACGUCUUCUCUGUCCCCGGCGACUUCAACCUUACCCUGCUUGACCGCCUCAUCGCAGAGCCUGGGCUUAACCUCAUUGGCACCUGUAACGAACUCAACGCUGGGUACGCCGCCGAUGGCUUUGCUCGCCGCCGUGGUGUCGGUGCCUGUGUCGUAACUUUCACCGUCGGUGGUCUCAGCGUUAUCAACGCCAUCGCCGGUGCCUACAGUGAGAAUCUCCCGGUCAUUUGCAUCGUCGGUGGGCCCAAUUCAAAUGAUUAUGGUACCAAUAGAAUCCUUCACCACACCAUCGGAUUGCCCGAUUUCAGCCAAGAGCUUCGGUGCUUCCAGACUGUUACCUGCUUUCAGGCGGUGGUGAAUAACUUGGAAGACGCACAUGAAUUGAUCGAUACGGCCAUCUCGACGGCUUUGAAAGAAAGCAAACCUGUUUAUAUUAGCAUCAGCUGUAACUUACCGGCGAUUCCUCAUCCUAGCUUCAGUCGACAACCUGUCCCCUUCUGCCUGUCGCCCAAAUUGUCCAAUCAGAUGGGUCUAGAAGCAGCUGUGGAGGCCGCCGCAAAGUUCUUGAAUAAGGCCGUGAAGCCAGUCAUGGUGGCUGGGCCGAAACUCCGUGUGGCAAAGGCCAGCGAUGCCUUUGUAGAGCUUGCAGAUGCAUCUGGCUAUGCCGUGGCAGUGAUGCCGUCGGCAAAAGGUUUGGCGCCAGAAGACCACCCCAGGUUCAUCGGCACAUACUGGGGAGCUGUGAGCUCUCCUUUCUGUGCAGAGAUAGUUGUAUCUGCUGAUGCCUACAUCUUCGCCGGACCCAUUUUUAACGAUUACAGCUCAGUUGGCUAUUCACUUUUACUGAAGAAGGAGAAUAUGAUCAUGGUGCAGCCUGAACGGGUGGUGAUCGGCAAUGGACCUGCAUUUGGGUGUAUUAUGAUGAAGGACUUCUUGCGGGCUCUUGCGAAGAAGCUCAAAUGCAACACGACUGCUUACGAGAAUUACCACCGUAUAUAUAUCCCUGAAGGUCUUCCUCCCCAAUGUGAACCCCAGGAACCUCUGAGGGUUAAUGUCCUGUUCAAGCACAUACAAGCAAUGCUGUCGGUUGACACUGCUGUGAUCGCCGAGACAGGGGAUUCAUGGUUUAACUGCCAGAAGCUGAAACUUCCAAGAGGUUGCGGGUUUGAAUUCCAAAUGCAAUAUGGAUCAAUUGGGUGGUCAGUUGGAGCAACACUAGGAUAUGCACAGGCUGCAAAGGAUAAGCGAGUCAUUGCCUGCAUUGGAGAUGGAAGCUUUCAGGUGACAGCACAAGAUGUGUCAACGAUGCUGCGUUGUGGGCAGAACAGCAUCAUCUUCCUAAUUAACAAUGGUGGUUACACUAUAGAGGUUGAGAUUCAUGAUGGGCCAUACAAUGUGAUUAAGAACUGGAAUUAUACUUCAUUGGUGGAUGCAAUAGAUAACGGCGAAGGGAAAUGCUGGACGACUAAGGUAAGAUACGAAGAUGAGCUUGUGGAAGCAAUCAAAACAGUGAGGGGGCCGAAAAAAGACACAUUGUGCUUCAUAGAGGUUAUUGUUCACAAGGAUGAUACAAGCAAAGAGCUACUUGAAUGGGGAUCAAGGGUGGCUGCAGCAAAUAGCCGGCCACCAAAUCCUCAGUAGGUUCAGAUGGGUCCUUUCUAGUAGCUGAGUGUAGAAGCUUUCUU